AUGGCCCGCGAAAAGCGUGUCGUGUCGCCAGAACACAUUCGUAAGUUGUUCCCCGGCCACCCCACGGCUCGGACAUGGGACUACAUAUGGCGUCUCCGGUACGAGACGCACCACGUCAAGGGCUUCCAGUCCCGUAAGCAACUUUUUGAGACAUGGCUGACUUUAGACCGCGCCCAGACGGUGCAAGGCCGUUUUGGCAUUGCUGGACUGGGUAACGAUGACCCAGACGGCGUGUACGACGACGCGUACGACUCGUACGACGAGUACGGCAGCGAGGAGGAAGCUUGA